AUGAGCGAAAUCGACAAAGCGAGACCCUUAACUGGCGAGAAGGUAGUGGACGACAUCAUCGUCAAUGAAGUCAUUGAUGUCGUCCCCACUCCUCUUCAUGACGAUGUGAGCAUCUGGAAAUACAUUACUCUCAACAGAAGAGCCUUUGGGUUUUCCGUCUACAUCCUGAUGUUGAUGGUGGGAUACGGCUUCGACGGUCUGCUAACUGGAUCCCUGGUUGGUGUACCCUCAUUCAAAAGACACUUUGGAUACUAUGAUGCAAAGUCACAGGUCUGGGUCAUUUCAGCGCUUUGGCAAUCCCUCUGGACUGCCAUGACGUCGCUCAUGAUGGUCUUCGGUGCCCUUACCACGGGUGUUCUCCACCCCAGAUUUGGGACUAAAAUCCUCAUCCUGGUCGCCAUGUGUUUCAAUGCAGCUGCGAUUAUCACCGAGCAACUCAGCAAGACGCCAGCCGACUUCUUGGGUGCUAAGAUAAUUGCCGGUUUCGGUUUCGGUAUCAUGACCUCGACUGCAAUCAUGACCUUGCCAUCUUACGCGCCUUGGCGACUUCGAGGCCCUCUCGGAGCCGCCUUGAACACUUUUAUCCUGUUUGGCGGAUGGACUGCUCAAGGGGUGCUCACAGGUACUGGUCAAGCCUAUCCCGAAUCGACCAAAGCUUAUCAAAUUCCCUUCGCCUUACAAUACAUCUGGGUGAUAGUACCUCUGUGCGGCGUGUAUUGGGUACCGGAAUCCGCUUCAUGGCACCUUCGCCGAGGCGAUGAGACGAAAGCCAGAGAAUCUUUGAUCAGACUGCACGGGCCAUCAAGAAUGGCAAUUGUCGAAGCCGAGUGGAAGCAAAUUAUGAUAGCUCACCGGCUCGAGAAAACCGGCAAUCACCAAACAAAGAUCGCAAUCACCGAGCCGUUCAAAGGUAUUAAUCUCCGGAGAACAUUGUUGGCGAGUGGACUCCUUGGCUUCCAGCAACUUGUCGGCGCUACCUUCGUCACAAGCUACCUCACCUACUUCUAUCAGGUCGCCGGAACCCCUGAUAACCUGUCCCUGAGUCUCGGAGAGAUGUCCUUCACUGUCCAAGUUCUCGGGAAUCUUUUCAGUUGGUUCGCUAUUGACAAGCUUGGUCGACGAUACUGUCUCGUGGGGGGGCUAGCAUCAAUGACACUUACCUUGCUCAUCAUUGGGAUCACUUGGGCUAUUCGUUCAUCUGCAAGUCUGUGGUGCAUGGUGGCUUUCAUGACUGUGUGGGCAUUCUUAUAUCAAGCCAGUAUCGGUGCUUGUGGGUUCUCCCUUGCAGCGGAAGCACCAGGUCCUCGACUUCGUUCUCUCACCAUCGGUAUUGCUCAGGGAGUUGCCCAAGUUUGUGCGUGGGCCAUGGGUUUUGCCACCCCUUAUAUGAUCAAUCCUGACGAGGGGAACCUCGGUGGUUACGUAGGCUUCGUCUUUGCUGGUAUUUGUGGAGCUGCUACCGUUUGGUCGUUUUUCGCUGUACCCGAGACCAAAGGGCGAACCCUUGCUGAGAUGGAGGUCAUGUGGGAGACGCAGGUCCCACCCAGGCUUUGGAAGCGCCACGAAGUGAAUUCCACCGCAGCUCAAUUGAGUACCAUCCCAACGUUGGUCUGA